AUGGGCGUCACCAAGAAGAUCCUGAAGACCGGCAACGGCGUCGACAAGCCCAGCAAGGGCGACGAGAUUCACAUGGAGUACCGCGGCUGUCUCUACGACUCCACCAACCCGUCCGGCCACUUCAUGGGCACCAAAUUCGAUUCGACCGAAGAUCGUGGCGAAUUCCGCACCAAGAUUGGAGUCGGCGCCGUCAUCCGCGGCUGGGACGAGGCCGUCGUGCAGAUGUCGCUCGGCGAGAAGAGCAUCCUGACCAUCACCGACGACUACGCCUACGGCUCCCGUGGCUUCCCAGGGGUCAUUCCGCCCAAUGCAACUCUGGUCUUGUGA